CGGGUAGUGUGCCGCAGUACUGGCAGCGCGUCGCCUUAAAACCAAGUCAAGCAACCGAAGGCUCUCUAUCUCUUCCUCAAUUCUUCAGUCUUCUCAGAAUCGAUCCUUGACCCAAUCCACAAUGUUUGCAUCACUGCUACCCUCCGGCGCCAAUACGCCCAACUCUGGCCGAUACAGUCCUGAUCAUACCUCUGAUUCUCAGUCUGUAUCACAUACAAGUCUCACACAGGAAACAUCGACAUCAAACAAUGAGCGCCUCAUUUCACCAGCGAAAGGUCGACGUAAAAGAAUCGUCGUUGCAAUGACGGGCGCCACCGGCGCAAUCCUGGGCAUCAAAACACUCAUCGCCCUUCGGCGGCUCAACGUUGAAACACAUCUGGUCAUCAGCAAAUGGGCCGAGGCCACCAUCAAGUACGAGACGGAUUAUAGUCCACGGAACGUCCGCGCAUUAGCGGACCAUGUGCACAAUAUCAACGAUAUGGCGGCACCGGUGUCGAGUGGCUCUUUCAAGACCGACGGGAUGAUAGUCGUGCCUUGCUCGAUGAAAACCCUCGCCGCGAUCAACUCGGGCUUCUGUGACGACUUGAUUUCCCGCACUGCAGAUGUCAUGCUCAAGGAACGGAGGCGGCUGGUCCUCGUCACGCGCGAAACUCCGCUUAGCGAUAUCCAUCUUCGCAAUAUGCUUUCUGUCACGCAGAGUGGGGCGGUCAUUUUCCCUCCCGUACCGGCGUUUUAUAUCAAGGCUUCUAGCAUGGACGAGAUAGUUGAUCAAAGCGUUGGACGGAUGCUUGAUCUCUUUGAUCUUGAUACUGCUGAUUUUGAGAGGUGGGAAGGUUGGAAGAAGGAGUCAUAAUCGAGUUGUCCAUGGAACUAUGGGGCUUGCCUAAUCAAGCUUAUUUUCCCUCGGCCGUAUUCUGUGGGCCUGAUUUAUAAGGGUAACUUCAAAUGUAAUCGUGUUGCGGCUCAUAUCGGGCCGGCCUGGCUAAUGUCAGGAUAAUCGAAUAGUGGCACUUUC